CUACGGCCAUUUUGUAUCCAUACAAACAGUUCAAAGGUCCCACUCACUUUUCAGAAUUCCAACCAAAAAAAAUGCCAAAAAAUCCCCACCAAAAUCACAAAAUUCGUUACCCUCAACUUAACACAGCAACUCUCACUACCAUCAUCCUGUGCUACCAUGGCUACUGCCAUGGCAGUUGCAACUAAUUUGCAAUUUAGCCCUUUAAUCAAUCGCAGAAUGAACACAAAUUUUGUUAGGGGAAAACCCCAGCUUUCUCUAAAUGUUGGCAUUAAACCCAUCAAAUGUCAAUCGAAUUCUGAAAAAUCAGGGGCACCCAUUAAAAUUGUUGGAACUGGGUAUCGAUUCUUGCAAGUGGGUCCUCAAAAAACUCAUUCAAAUCGAACAACUUUGGCAAAAUCACUUGGUUCUAAAGAUGGUGUUACUUCCUCAAUCUCUCAAACUGUGGUGGGUGUACUGCAUUUGGUUGUUUCACUAGGGAUUAUUCUGGCAAUGGAUAAUUUUCUGAAGCAGGCUUUUGUAACUGCAUCAAUUCAAUUCCCAAGUGCAUUAUUUGGAAUGUUUUGUACAUUUUCUGUUCUGACAAUCCUUGAUGCUAUCGUUCCGGCUGCUGCAGCAAGUUUGAUGAACUUUUUUGAGCCAGCUCUUCUGUUUAUUCAAAGGUGGCUUCCAUUGUUUUAUGUUCCUUCACUGGUAAUCUUGCCUCUUGCUGUUAGAGAUAUACCUGCAGCUUCUGGAUUGAAAAUUGUUGGCAUUUUAGUUGGUGGGUGGCUAGCUUCGCUUUGUGUAGCUGGUUAUGCAGCUAUAGCCGUGAGGAACCUCGUCAAGACGGAAAUGAUACCUGCUGAGCCUAUGUCAAAACCAUCUCCCUUUUCUACUACCGAAGUGUGGGCUUGGAGUGGUAUUUUCCUAGCAUCAUUUGUUGGUGCAUACUUAUAUCCAACCAUCCUGGGAACUGCUGCCCGCACCUGCCUCCCUUUCUUGCUUUCAGCAACAGUACUAGGCUACAUGGUUGGCACCGGGUUACCUUCUGCCUUGAAGAUGCUGUUUCAUCCCAUUAUAUGUUGUGCACUUUCAGCAGAUUUGGCAGCCUUUGCCUUUGGGUAUAUAUCAAAAUCUGGAAUUGAACCUGUUUUAGGAUAUUAUCUUACCAAGGUGUCAACAAACCCCGGAGCCGGUGACAUUUUAAUGGGGUUCUUGGGAUCUGUUAUUAUUUCCUUUGCCUUUUCCAUGUUCAAACAGAGAAAGCUUGUGAAGAGACAUGCAGCUGAGAUCUUUACAUCUAUCAUCGUUGCAACACUGUUCUCUUUAUAUUCAACUGCUUUCUUAGGGCGUGUUGUUGGGCUUGAACGGUCUUUGACUAUUUCAAUUUUACCACGGUGUAUUACUGUGGCUUUAGCCCUCAGCAUUGUCUCCUUGUUCGAAGGUACAAAUCCAUCCUUAACGGCUGCUGUGGUGGUGCUAACUGGUCUUGUUGGGGCAAACUUUGUGCAAUUUGUGCUUGAUAAGUUGCAGUUCCGCGAUCCCAUUGCUCGAGGAAUAGCCACAGCAUCUAGUGCUCAUGGAUUAGGAACAGCAGCACUAUCAGCAAAAGAACCAGAGGCACUCCCAUUCUGUGCAAUUGCCUAUGCUCUCACCGGCAUCUUUGGUUCCAUUCUAUGCUCGAUUCCUGUUGUCCGCGAAAGUCUUCUCGCUGUGGUCGGUUGAUUAUUAUUUCUUGCUUCUUGUGUUGUAAAUUGUUUUCUGAAAUUCAAAGUUACAUAAUCUUCCUAUGUACAUUGACACAUUGUACAUACUGACGAGUUUUGGCGAAAUACUACGUAAAUUCUUUCCCUUUGUAGAUAA